AUGCUCAUUUAUAUUGCACUGUCUUCCUUCUCUCUGCUGACUGCAUCUCUCAACCUGCUGGUCAUCAUCUCUAUCUCCCACUUCAGGCAGCUCCACACUCCCACCAACCUCCUCCUCCUCUCUCUGGCUGUCGCUGACUUCCUUGUCAGCCUCUUUGUGAUCCCAUUUCAAAUAUUGUUAACAGAGCCGUGCUGGUUCCUGGGUGACCUGGUGUGUGGUCUGGUUUAUUUCAUAACCUCGAUCAUACUCUUGGCCUCAAUAUUAAAUAUAGUUUUCAUAUCAGUUGACCGUUAUGUGGCUAUCUGCAGGUAUAACUCCUGCUAUGGAGAAUGUGUGAUUAAUAUAAACAGUGCAGUUGACAUUGUGUUAUGCUUUAUCCUUCCCAUCAGUGCCAUCAUCAUUUUAUAUAUGAGAGUGUUUGUGGUGGCUGUGUCUCAGGCCCGUGCCAUGCGCUCCCACAUUGCAGCAGUCACACUGCAGUGUUCAGUGACUGUAACUGCUAAGAAAUCAGAGCUGAAAGCAGCCAGGAAUCUUGGUGUCCUUGUUGCUGUGUUUCUCAUGUGUUACUGUCCAUAUUAUUGUGUCUCACUCAUUGGCUCUGACCUCAUAUUUAGUUCUUCAGUUGAGGUUUUUAUGACUUUUAUAAUAUGUUUUAACUCCUGUUUAAACCCUGUGAUCUAUGCCUUUUUCUACCCCUGGUUUAGAAAAUCUGUCAAACUCAUUGCCAGCCUGCAGGGCUGUCUAGAGGCCACAGAGUGGAACAUCUUUGAGGGGGCCACAGACAAUAUCCAUGAAUAUGCAGAGAUUGAGUGA